AUGAACGGCGGCCAGUUCAUCGAGCGCCGCAAAAACGCCCAUGUCGAAUCCCUCCACUACGACAAUGACGACGACUCUGCCGACGCGCGCGACAGACUCAUAGGGAGGGAUACCUUUACUUUGGACGAGGCACCCCCCGACGGCGGCGCGACGGAGAGUAAAGGCUUCUUCGAGUUGCCCAUGCAAGAUCGGAGGAACUUCUUACUGCUCGUCUUACUAUAUUUCUUACAAGGCAUUCCCAUGGGAUUGGCCGGAGGUUCCGUGCCGUUCUUGUUGAAGAGUCACUUGAGCUAUAGCCAGAUUGGAGUCUACUCUCUCGCUUCCUACCCCUACAGUCUGAAGCUCCUCUGGAGCCCCAUUGUCGAUGCCAUCUGGUCGGCCAAGGUGGGGAGGAGAAAGAGUUGGAUCUUACCGAUCCAGACCCUAUCGGGUUUCGGAAUGAUCUAUCUGGGCCGUCGCGCCAGUCAGAUGAUGGAAGCUGCAGGCGCCGACAAUGGUGCCGGCGUCUGGGGCUUCACGGGCUGGUGGUUCAGUUUGGUCUUUAUGUGUGCGACGCAGGAUAUUGCCGUGGAUGGAUGGGCACUGACGCUGCUCUCACAGAGCAAUUUGAGUUAUGCCAGUACGGCGCAGACGGUAGGCUUGACCGGAGGCCAAUUCCUCAGCUAUACCGUCUUUCUCGCCCUCAACUCUCCCGAUUUUGCAAAUAAAUGGUUCCGCACCCAGCCCAUGGAUGUCGGCCUCAUCACCCUCAACUCCUACCUGACCUUCUUCGGCUGGUUCUAUCUGCUCGUCACCCUCGGCCUCGCCGUCCUGAAGAAUGAGAACCCCACCAAGGAGAAUGAGGGCGUGUGGGGGGUCUACAAAACUAUGGGAGGUAUCAUGAAGUUGAAAAAUAUCCAAACUUUCAUCCUCAUCCACCUCAUUGCGAAGAUUGGCUUCCAGGCCAACGAUGCCGUCACCAACCUCAAGUUGCUCGACAAGGGCUUCAGUCAAGAAGAUCUCGCCUUGGUCGUCCUCAUCGAUUUCCCCUUUGAAAUGAGCCUGGGAUACUAUGCAGGCAAGUGGUCGGAGCAGUACCAACCCGUUCGCGUGUGGUGUUGGGCCUUUGUUGGAAGACUCGUCGCCGCCGUGUUUGCGCAAUUGGUCGUCAUGUUUUUCCCAUCCGGCGGCACCACGACAUCCUACCUCCUCGUCAUCAUUGUCGAACACGUCUUUUCCACCUUUAUGAGUACCGUCAUGUUUGUCGCCAUUUCUGCUUUUCACGCCAAGAUCAGUGACCCGGCCAUUGGUGGCACCUAUAUGACUCUCCUCGCCACAGUCUCCAACCUCGGCGGCACUUUCCCUCGCUUCUUCGUCCUCAAAGCGGUCGAUGCCUUCACCCAGGCCACGUGUCUGCCUCCGAUCGGUAACCCCACCGACUUGAAAGGCGACCUCAUCACCCAAAGCUUUUCUUGCGUCGCCGAAGCUGAAAAACAUCGUUGUCUCAACGGUGGUGGGACGUGCGACAUUGGGAGAGACGGAUAUUACUAUGUAAAUGUACUCUGCGUGGUGUUUGGGGUCAUCACAUUUUGGGGCUACAUCAAACCGGCAGCGUUGAAGUUGCAGGCGUUGCCCAUGAGAGCGUGGCGGUUAAGUGGGCAAUGA